AUUCUUUCAAGGAGGAUCAAGGUUUUGGGGAAGUCAAUAAACUUUGGUUUUGAAAGAAUCGUCGAGUCUUUUAAAGAUACGAUAAUGUGUGGGAAGUGUAUAUACGCACACGCACACGCACGUACACGUAUAUGCAUGACACAGAGCAUACGCAUGCGCACGCACACGCACACGCACUCUGCUGUAAUAUAUGCACCUAUGGUAACGAGAGAUGAAGAAAGAUACGGCUAAGAUAUGAAAAGAGGAAGAGCAGAAAGAAGCAGAAAAGUAAGCGCGAGUAUAUUAAGCGAGGUCCAAGUGGUGUGCGACUCGUGUAUUUACGUGGGCGCGUUUCGGUAGCGGUGCAAGCCAGUCUUGCCGUCGAGAGCCUCUGUUAACCGCUGGGUCAAGUAUAACCGGUCGCAGGGUGCCGAGAGAUGCAGGCAGCAAGCAGUCUACCGAUGCGAUGCGCAGCUGGUUAUCGUCGGUAGACUCCCUGGCACCGACCUGGCCAACUAACAGGCGGCAGAGACACGAGGCCGGUUCGAUUCGAGAGAGAUAGAAGAGAAAAGGAGGAGAGAGAAAGAGAGAAGAAUGACCGUUCACUGGUACAUCUCCUUGAGAUGAUUUCUGAGAAGAGAUAUAUUUUCUCACGGCACGUUGAAUUUUUCGUCUGUUAAUUUAUUCGUCAUUAAUACAUGUUUGUGUUCUUUCCCUUUUUGCUUAUCGAGACCAAUCACAAAUAGAAUCAAAAUAAAAAAUCGAUGUAUUGGUAGGCCAAAUUCGAAACGCAACAUGGAAAAUACUUGUAUGUUUAUUAAAAUCUUUUUCGAGGAUUUUUUUUAGCGUAGAGGAACAAAGUCAAUGCAUGAGCGCGUAAUAAAGAUGUUACUUUUAUAGCUGCAUAUUCUUUAAUAAUUUUUUAUUAUUCUUCGUCGACUUUAAGGAUCGUGCGUGUUUAAUUGUUUUAAGAUUCAUAAUGACAGAAAGGAAGAGUCUAUAUAGCGGAUCUAGCGGUAUUCCCAAUGGCUUUAAUUAUCAUUAUAGGAAAGAUUUUAAAUUAGUUUAUGACUAGAUUGAAUGAAGAUAUUUAUUCGAAACGAAUAAAUUUUAUAGUUAAAAUUAGGUCUCUCAUAUUCGCCAUUCGUCCCUGUAGAUCCUACAAAGGGGAAAGAAGAAAGCGAGAUAUAAAACCGUGCCGUCUCGCGCCGAUCCUGAUCCUCACUACGAUCCUCAGCGAAUUAACGACGAGCGGCUGCAGUGAGAGGAUGAGUGGACUUUACGUCGACAAUGGCUUUGAUCAGACAAUCGUACACAGGGUCGUUAGCCAGAGAGAAAAACGUGAAGUCGAGCAUGAGAUAUUGAAUUUACUCGGAUUGCCUGAUAGACCGAGGAACACAGCUGGAAGGCCACCUCAAAUCAAAAGGUCCGCACCUAAAUUUCUUCUUGACAUUUAUAAGAACGCUCUCGGCGAAGAUGAGGACGACACUCGACGAUCGAUAAUCGAUCAAACGCAUAGGGCUGGAGGAGAGUUCGAUCUUACUGGUCAGGAUCUCAGGGCCAUCGACCAGAGCGACGUCAUCAUGACCUUUGCUGCGCACAAUCAUCACGUUCCUGGAGUGAGGCACGAGCGUGGAAAAAGACUUUGGUUCGACGUCUCGGAUGUUCCACCUGGAGAACACAUAAUAGGAGCUGAAUUAAGGCUUUAUCGAAGCAUAGACGUGAAAAGUCGAAGAAAUCGUGGAUCUUACAUGAUCACGGCAUAUCGAGUUCUAAGAAGUGAAGAUGGGUCACGGGAAUUACAGUAUGUUGAUGCGAUAAACACGACAAUAGGAAGAGAAGGAUGGUUGACAUUAAACGUCAGCGAACCUCUUUCACAUUGGGUGAAUAACCCCAAUGGAAAUAGAGGAUUGUACCUUUCGGUUCAUCCUGCCGAUCGUUCUGUGCACGAGAUGAGGCCAGAAGAUAUUGGCAUCGUUGGGUUCAAAGGUGAUCCGGACAAGCUACCCUUCAUGGUGGGUUAUUUCAAAAGCUCUGGCAUCAGAGAAUCGAAAGUGAGACAAAAACGUGAUGCCAGGAGAAGAAAGAAAAGCGAAUCGUCUAGCUUGGAUUAUCGAAAUAAUCCUUAUACUGAUCCUGGUUCGCAAUACAACUCAAGAACUUGCAAGAUCCAAACGCUCUACGUCAGCUUCAGGGAUCUUCAAUGGCAGGACUGGAUCAUAGCACCGGACGGGUACGACGCAUAUUAUUGCAGCGGUGAAUGCAAUUUUCCCUUGAACGCUCAUAUGAACGCUACCAAUCAUGCGAUCGUACAAACGUUGGUGCAUCUCGUGAGUCCCGGUAAAGUACCAAAGCCCUGUUGCGCGCCUACAAAACUUUCUGCCAUUUCCGUCUUAUAUUUUCUCGAUGAAAGCAACGUUAUUCUAAAGAAGUAUAAGAAUAUGGUUGUAAAGAGUUGCGGCUGUCAUUAAUCAUUUUUACUCUCUUUUUCGAAAGAACAAUCCUUUCUAUAGCGAAUGAAAUUCGCAGGAUCGUCGUUCGGUCCUGCAUCCGGAAGAUCGUCAACUUGUUUAACGUUUUCAGUGCUUUUUUAUUAAAAAAUGCGAUAAUAUCGCUUUCGCACUGUUGUUUCAACAAAAACAUGACGAUGAGUCGUGUUUAAACGUAAGCAAACAAUGAUACCUAUGUUUUCCCAUCAUUUUUUAUAAUCAUAAGUAAGAAACAAUCCCCGAUCCUAACGCAACGUACCGAUCCAAAUUUCUCUCUCUCUCUCUCUCUCUCUCUCUCUCUCUCUCUCUCUCUCUCUCUCUCUCUCUCUCUCUCACUUUCACACACCCACACAAAAUAAACUGCAACGAAUGCGAGAAAUAUUUUUUAAUACAUCGAAUAUCGAUGGCAUUUCAAUUGAAAGAAUUCAUUUAAAUGAUAUAACACAGUUUAAAAGACUUCACACAAACUAUUGUUGAAUAAAACAAUGUCUUUUUCAUUUUUUCUUCCGAGAAUGUACAUUUAUUUACAUAUGUAUGAGAAAAUAUCAAUGCAACUAUUUCAUGUAAUUAGACUUAUUUAUGUUUCUUAGUAUAUCACUCAUUCGAAUGGAUAUUGUAUGUAAGAGAAUAAUCUUAUCGAAUAUGACUAUAUUAUAGAGUUACUUAGUAUAAACCAUUCCAUUUUUUAAUGACGAUUAUCUUGAAUUGAAAAUUGGAUAAUUUAUUAUUGUAACCUCGUACGAUGGAAACAAAUUCGUUAAAUAACAGAAAUUUUGUAAUCUUAUGACAUUUAUCUUUUGCACUCCUAUUGCAUUUUUUUGCAAAAGAAUUUAUAAUCAAUAGUAAAAUUGCUUAAAAAAUAAUGUUAAUUAUUAAUUAUUGUUAAUUAUUUCAAAAUAAAAAUCGGGUGCCUUUUAUUGCAUAAAUCAUGCGUACGAUCAUAUGCAUAUAUCUAAAAUUAGAUCUAUCGAAUGUCAAAGUGUAUGAAUGAGAUUUGUUUUUCUUUUUUCUUUUUUUCUUUUAAGUAACGAAACGUGUAUGAGUGUUGUGCGGAGGUAGGUAUGUAAAUUGAAACAUAAUCUAGCUUACUGUUAUGUUCUCACAACUUUUGUAAUGACAAUGUAAAUAUACCGUUGUAUAUAUGUUCAGCAAUAAUAUACAUUGCAUUGUAAAAAAAAAAAAUAGGUUUUUUCCAAAAUUAUUUUGUUUUCCAUUUCCUUUCUAGAAAACAAAAUAAGAAGUAUUAAGAAUGUUAAAGUAUUAAGAAUAAUGUAAAUAUAGAUAGCAAUAUUUAAUAUAUUACAUAAAUCUAAAAUAUCCAAUGCGUUAUUAACGUUCUAAUUGUUUAAUCUAAAUAACAUUUUAAAUAACAUCACAUACUGGAUUAUUUAGUCAUACUUAAUAUAUUAUUUAUUAUACUUUAUAUUACUAUAUAUGUAUUAUCGUCGGUAGGUAAAGUUUAAAUAAAAUAUGGAUAAUUAUUAGAAAACAUCACCAACAAUUGUUUAAUAGCUCUUCUUUUUACCGACAGAAGGUAACCUUACACAAGUAUAUACUAUAAUCCUAUCUGCAAAAAUAGUGAAAAUAAUCAAUGUACAAACGAACACAUAAUAUGGAUUUGCAAUAUUUAUUUCAUGCAGAUAACAAUGUAUACCUUUCCUAAGAAAUAUUUCGAAAAGAUUCAUUCUCUCUUUUAUCUUUUUGCGGUCUCUCAGGACUAUCUCAGUUUCUUGUAUUAACUUGUUUCAUAAUUCUUGUCUCUAAAAGAUUAACAAAACGUAUCACCUGCCGAUCUAUUAGUACUUACAAUUAGUAAAGCAGUAUUUUUAUUUCUACUAAUUAAGAUGUAACACGUAUGAAAAGCAAAAUAUUAUUAUAUUGUAUUAAAAAUAUUCUAUUUCACUCUAUAUGUCACUUACAUUUUUUAUUAUCAAUUACAUUAGAUAAGUAGAGAUUAGAAUUAAUAUUCAUCCAAUUCUCGUAAUAAUCUGUAUCGUAAGAUUGUUUAAUUUACAAUACGUUUCAUACUUCUAACCUUUUUACAUAACGUUGUGCGUACCUGGUAAUAAUCCUCCUUGAUAUCAUUUGUUUGAUUUAACAUGGCCGCAUGUAACCGGAGGGAGAAUCUUGUGAUCGAACUGUUUGAAUAUCGCUACAAAAUUUAUUAUGAUCAAGAAAAGUUGUUAUAACGAUACAUUAAUAGAUACAUUGAUGGAUAGAUAAGUUUUUCGUUACUUCAAUACUAAAUAUUCUUGAUUUUUAUUUUUGCAACGUACAUAUAUCAUACAUGGAUGACAAAAGAAAUAAUGUAUAUAGAAAACGUUGGUAUAUGAAAAGAAAAGCAACCAAACAAACUA